AGACGCAGGUGGCGCUAUGGAGAGACAGUGGCCGUAGAAGAAGCAGCUAGCUCGUCUCCACAAUGGGGACUCAAAUAAAAGAUGUGAUCAUUAAGCCGGAUGCCCCGUCGACCCUUCUGCUGGACAAACACGCGGACUACAUCGCGGUUUAUGGCUCUAAAAAGGAUGAUUAUGAGUACACAUUGUCUGAGUACCUGAGGAUGAGUGGGAUCUACUGGGGCCUGACAGUGAUGGAUCUGAUGGGGCAGCUGCACAGGAUGAACCGCAAUGAGAUCGUGGAGUUUAUAAAGUCCUGUCAACACGAGAGUGGAGGCAUCAGUGCCAGCAUUGGCCACGACCCCCACCUGCUCUACACACUCAGCGCUGUACAGAUCCUGUGUCUGUAUGACUGCAUGGACGCGCUGGAUGUGGACAGAGUGGUGGAGUAUGUGAAGGGGCUGCAGCAGGAGGAUGGAUCCUUUGCUGGAGACAAGUGGGGAGAAAUAGACACACGUUUUUCAUUCUGUGCUGUGGCUACACUGGCAUUACUGGGGAAGAUGGACGCCAUAAACGUAGACAAAGCCAUAGAGUUUGUUUUGUCUUGUAUGAAUUUUGAUGGAGGUUUUGGAUGUCGACCUGGUUCAGAGUCUCACGCUGGGCAGAUCUACUGCUGCACAGGGUUCCUGUCUCUCACUGGGCAGCUGCACCAGGUGAAUGCAGACCUGCUCGGCUGGUGGCUCUGUGAACGCCAGCUGCCUUCAGGAGGACUCAACGGACGACCAGAGAAGCUCCCAGACGUGUGCUACUCAUGGUGGGUUUUGGCGUCUCUGAAAAUCAUUGGUAAAAUCCAUUGGAUUGACAAAGGCAAACUCCGUGCCUUCAUCCUGGCGUGUCAAGACGAGGAAACUGGAGGGUUCGCUGACCGCCCAGGAGACAUGGUGGACCCAUUCCACACCCUGUUUGGAGUGGCCGGUCUGUCUCUGUUGGGCGAUGAGCAGGUGAAGGCGGUGAAUCCGGUGCUGUGUAUGCCUGAAGACGUGCUACAGAGGAGAGGACUGCAGCCAGAUGUGCUCAGCUAGCCCCCACCGUUAAUAUCUGCACCAGAAACAGUUAAUAUAUGGACAAGAACUACCACAAACAAGUGGAAUACAACAGACUUUUAGUGCUUUCAAGUUUUACUCAAAAUAUCAAAGAACUAUUUACAGAUAAGGCUGAAGCAGUUACAUGGACAAGUUAUGGAAAAAGUGCACGGUGUUAAAGAUGAAGAUGCUAUUGCUGCUUUUGGAAUGUUCCACUGUAUGGCAUUAAACUUGUCUAUCUCCAUGGAGACAAGCAAGUGAUCCUACUAGGGAAAGUUAGGUCAAAUGUGUGGAGAGAUAACUCUGCUCAUUAAUAGAAGUACAUGUUUUAAGGCAGUGUUUCUCUGCGGUGUGUGUAUCAUUGGUAAUACACAGGCGGUACUUGGACAGCUCUUCAGUUUGUGGACUUGCCUAAAUUAGAGUUAACUUUAUCCACUUUUUUGUCCUCUUAAGGACAAAUUCUUGUUUAGAACUACAAUGGAAAUAAUGUAGUCCACUUUUAGACCUGGAUUAGCCCUAGAUUAGACCUGGAAUAGUCUUGGUUCAAUCUGAUGGUACUUGGGAAGCCAAAUUUUUCGUUUGCCACUGUUUUAAGGCAUUUUCCAGUAACAAAAACAUCUGAUUGAAUAAAUGCAAUAUCUAUGCCAUUAAAUGCCAUACUGUGGAACAUUCAAAGUAAAUUAGCCACCACCAGUGGCCAGUACAGCAUUGGCAUUUAUUAAAUCAACAUAUAUUUAAAUUAAAAUUAAAACUAAAUGAGCCUUAAUAUUUUGCAAGAAACAUUUCAAAAUCUAAAUUUCUUGACACGAUUCAGCAAAUGACAAUGUGAUAUAGCAAAAGAAAUUUUAAUAUUGUUCACUCCUUAACUUUUGUCCAGUUGAGACAAGUUAUGCCACUCAUCCAAGCGGCUUCUUCAGGCACCUACCUGGACAACUGAAGGAUUACACCAAUAUAUGUGAUGCAUUAAAGCUACCAUUCGUAAUUAGAGUGGCUGUUGUAUGCUUGUGAAUUUCCUCUGCGUAGAUGCUAUCUAUGUUACUUCUGUCUGAUAGUGUGCUCACUUUGGCCUGACAGAGGGAUUGGGCCAGGGGCAGGUUUUACAUCUGCCAUCUACUGGUGAAAAAAACAAACUUACAGAUGGUAACUUUAAUACAACUUGAUAUCGAAAAUAAAUGACAUACAUAAGCUCUGUUACCAUAUUUAAGUUUUCAAAAUAAAUUAAUUCUAUAAAGUUAUAAUGUACCUUCAAGAAGAUGAUAAUUAGAUGAUGUAUGUUAUGUCUUUGGCUCAUUAUCACUAUUUAAUGCAUACAACUGAAGCAUUCCAUGUAAUAAAAUUUGUCAGCACUACUUUUUUAUGUUUACACCAGUCCAAACGCUGUAUGAACCACUUUUUCUGUCUAGCUUAUAACCAAUUACCGGUAACUAGAGUAAAUGAUUGUCAACACUAGCAUUUUACAAAUUAUUUCUGUUUGCAGUUUUUUUCUACUCAAAACCGGCUGUACAACAUCUCUGUGAUGUGUAUAUGUAAAUAAAGUCUAAUAAUUU